CAUGGCGCCCUCAGCCACCAACACGGAAUGGGAUCACCAAUUCCACACUCUGCGUCGGCAGGAUCUCUUUCGCAAUCCUCCGACCGAUCACUCCGCGUAUCCUGCUCUCCAGCUGGCCGUCAACCCUCACAUUGAGUCCUUCAACGCCAUCUUCCGCGGCGAUGGGAAGCCCGGCCUUCUCGCACACGGCCUGGCAGACAUUGGCACAAAAGUUUUCCUCGAUGGCAACGACCGCGCUGCGCCAGAAGACAGAAACAAGCUUUACAUUCGGAUCAAGGACGUCACUCUGCAGAAGCCACAGGUGCCGCCAUCCAACAAGCUGGCCCUGAACAGAGAAAUCUACCCUGCCGAGUGCAGAGAGAGACACGCCACAUACAGAGGAAAGCUCUCCGCCACUUUCGAGUACAGCAUCAAUGGAGGCGAUGCCAUUGAGUUUACUAGAGAACUUGGCCAGGUUCCUAUCAUGAUCAAGUCAAAUAGGUGCCACCUCGAGGGCAAUUCGCCAGCUUUGCUAGUCUCGCGCAAAGAAGAGUCCGAAGAGCUUGGCGGAUACUUCAUCGUCAACGGAAACGAAAAGAUCAUCCGUUUGCUGCAGGUGAACAAGCGAAACUUCCCGAUGGCUAUCAACCGUCCGAGCUUCACGAAUCGAGGUGCCGGAUACACCACAUACGGUAUCAUUCUCCGAUCAGUACGACCCGAUGAGACGUCUCAGACAAACGUUCUGCAUUAUCUGAAAGACGGAAACGUGACGUUUCGAUUUUCUUGGCGCAAGAACGAGUACCUGAUUCCCGUCAUCAUGAUCUUGAAGGCUCUGGUGGAGACCAACGACCGAGAAAUCUUCGAGGGCCUGAUUGGACCCAUGGGCUCCAAAGCCGCUUCAAACACCUUCCUCACAGACCGAGUGGAACUCUUGUUGAGGACAUACAAAGCAUACCGUCUCUACAGCAAGUCGGAAACCCGGGCUUAUCUGGGCCAGAAGUUCAGAGUGGUCUUGGGUGUUCCGGAAACCAUGUCCGACUACGAGGUGGGAACUGAAUUCCUGCGAAGGAUUGUCUGUGUGCACCUGGGCAACGUCGACGUCACAGAGAAGCAAGAUCUUGACAAGUUCCAUCUGGUUCUGUUCAUGAUCCGGAAGCUGUACGCCCUGGCCGCCGGCGAAUGCGCUGUCGAUAACCCUGAUGCGAUUCAGAACCAGGAAAUUCUUCUUGGUGGAUUCCUCUACGCGCAGAUCUUGAAGGAGAGGCUGGAUGAGUUCCUUGGAACAAGCGUUCGCGCCGCUAUCCGAGACUAUCUGAGAAGACACCCCGCUGUCAACUUCACGUCAGAAGAGUUCCGAAAGGAGUUCCCAGGUGGCAUCUUCAGAAAAUCCAACGAAAACAUUGCCAACGGCCUCGAGUACUUCCUGUCCACCGGCAACCUGGUCAGUGCCUCGGGCCUUGAUCUCCAGCAAACAGCGGGCUUCACUGUGGUGGCGGAGAAGCUCAACUUUUUGCGUUUCAUCAGCCACUUCAGAAUGGUUCACCGUGGUGCCUUCUUCGCCCAGCUCAAGACGACUGCCGUGCGUAAACUGCUGCCAGAGUCCUGGGGCUUCAUGUGCCCUGUCCACACUCCUGAUGGUUCUCCCUGCGGUUUGCUGAACCACAUGGCACACAAGUGCAAGGUCAUGACUGAUCACAUCGACGUGUCCAGCAUCCCUGGGCUGGUCGCUGAGCUGGGUGCUGUCGAGACAUCGUCCGCAUCAACUGAUGAGAGCGUUCCGGUCAUGCUGGAUGGCAAAAUUCUCGGAUGGUGCACUCCAAAGGAGUCGCUUCGCAUCGGUGAUUGUCUGAGAUACUGGAAGGUUGAAGGCUCGCACAACGUCCCUCUCGAGCUUGAGAUUGGAUACGUGCCUCCAUCACACGGCGGCUCAUACCCGGGUCUCUACCUGACAUCUACCCCGUCCAGAAUGGUCCGGCCCGUCAAGUAUCUGCCUCUGCAGAAAGAGGACUUCGUUGGCCCUCACGAGCAGCCUUACAUGUCGAUUGCCGUCGUUCCGCAGGAGAUUGAGUCUGGCGUGUCAACGCACGUCGAGUUUGACCCGACCAACAUGUUGUCUAUCCUUGCCAACAUGACCCCCUUCUCCGAUUUCAACCAGUCCCCUCGAAACAUGUACCAGUGUCAGAUGGGUAAGCAAACCAUGGGAACGCCCGGCACGGCCAUUCGCCACCGAACAGACAACAAGUCAUACAGGAUACAAACGGGCCAGACUCCCAUUGUCCGCGCCCCUCUUCACAACACCUACGGCUUUGACAACUUCCCCAACGGCAUGAACGCUGUUGUUGCCGUCAUUUCAUACACCGGUUACGACAUGGACGAUGCUAUGAUCAUCAACAAGUCUGCUCACGAGAGAGGCUUCGGCCACGGUACGGUGUAUAAGACCAAGAAGAUUACGCUCAAGGAUGACUCGAGGACCAGGGCUGCCAAGAGCGUCGUCAAGAUGUUUGGCUUCGCCCCCCACAGCUUCGUCAGCGCGGCUUACCAGGGCAUGCUCGACGACGAUGGUCUGCCGCACGUGGGCCGGAUGGUCAAGGAGGACGACGUACUAUGCGCAUGGCACACCGUCACGCCAGAUUACAAUGGAAAUCUGGUCAACCUUGACGGAAUCACGCACUACGAAAAGUACAAAGACUCGGAGAUUGGCUUCAUCGAAGAGGUCCGGCUGAUUGGCGCCGAGUCGGGAUCCGAGCCCCUGCAGACCAUCUCCAUCAAGAUCCGCAUCCCCCGUUCUCCCGUCAUCGGUGAUAAGUUCUCAUCCCGACACGGACAGAAGGGUGUCUUGUCACAAAAGUGGCCGGCCGUGGACAUGCCCUUUUCCGAAACGGGCAUCCAGCCGGAUGUCAUCAUUAACCCUCACGCUUUCCCGUCCCGAAUGACAAUUGGCAUGUUCGUGGAGUCGCUGGCCGGAAAGGCUGGUGCUCUCCACGGGCUGGCGCAAGAUUCUACCCCCUUCAGAUUUGACGAGGAGAACACGGCGGCAGACUACUUUGGACACCAGCUCAUGAAGGCCGGAUUCAACUACCACGGAAACGAGCCCAUGUACUCUGGCAUCACAGGAGAGGAACUGGGUGCCGACAUCUACAUCGGCGUCGUUUACUACCAGCGACUGCGUCACAUGGUCAACGACAAGUACCAGGUGCGAACGACCGGUCCGGUGGUGCCCACAACAGGCCAGCCCAUCAAGGGCAGAAAGCGGGGUGGUGGUAUCCGUGUGGGUGAAAUGGAGCGCGACGCCCUGUUGGCGCACGGCACGGCCUUCUUGCUGCAAGACAGACUGCUCAACUGCUCAGACUACACGCGAUCAUGGAUCUGCCGCCGCUGCGGAUCGUUCCUGUCCGUGCAGCCCGUGGUAUCCCAGUUUGCGCCGGGAAAGAAGAAGGCCCCCAGCAUGGUUCGCUGCCGCAACUGUGCCGUCAAGCUCGACGACAGCGAGGGCAUCGACCUGACGGAGAUCCAGGGUGAGAUCUGGGAGGACGGACAGGGCCACUGCUGGGUUGGCGGCGACGAGACGACGCAGGUUGUGGUCCCUGGUGCGCUCAAGUUCUUGGACGUGGAGCUGGCGGCCAUGGGCGUCAAGUUGAAGUACAGGAUAGACAAGUCGGACGAGCCUCGCAAGGGGCCGAUGAAGCCGCUGAAGCAGAUUACAGCUGCCGCUUGAUUAAAAGGGGGUUGUAUAUAUGUGAGAAUGUUGGCUGCAAUGGGUGUUAGAUGCAUAU